GCGGAGCCGGCACCUCCUCCAAUCUUUCCGCUCGCUCUCUCUCAGCAGUAGCGCCGCCGCUGCAGCCUGGCUGUGAGUCCCGGCUGCCCCGUGCCGUCUCACUAAAGAGCCUGGCGCACCCGGCCGACCCGCGGGCAUCUGCUGCACAUUCCGCCGUGGCUCAGCGCCCCCGCUACCGCCCGUCCUGCCUCGAUGUUCCAGCUGCCCAUCUUGAAUUUCAGUGCCCAGCAAGUGGCCGGAGUAUGCGAGACUCUGGAGGAAAGCGGCGACGUGGAGCGCUUGGGUCGCUUCCUCUGGUCGCUGCCCGUGGCCCCUGCGGCCUGCGAGGCCCUUAAUAAGAAUGAAUCGGUGCUGCGUGCGAGAGCCAUCGUGGCCUUUCACGGUGGCAACUACCGCGAGCUCUACCAUAUCCUGGAAAACCACAAAUUUACCAAGGAGUCGCACGCCAAGCUGCAGGCGCUGUGGCUCGAGGCGCAUUAUCAGGAAGCUGAGAAGCUACGUGGACGGCCCCUGGGGCCCGUGGACAAGUACCGCGUAAGGAAGAAGUUCCCGCUGCCGCGCACCAUUUGGGACGGCGAACAGAAGACACACUGCUUUAAGGAGCGCACGCGGCACCUGCUACGAGAAUGGUACCUGCAGGACCCAUACCCCAACCCCAGCAAAAAGCGUGAGCUCGCCCAGGCAACCGGACUGACCCCUACGCAGGUGGGCAACUGGUUCAAAAACCGCCGACAAAGGGACCGAGCGGCUGCAGCCAAGAACAGACUCCAGCAGCAGGUCCUGUCACAAGGCUCCGGGCAGGCGCUAAGGGCCGAGGAAGAGGGCACGCCUGAGAUGCUGGGUGCAGCCGCUAGCCCAGCCGCCAGCUUAUCCAGCAAGGCAGCCACUUCGGCCAUUUCCAUCACGUCCAGCGACAGCGAGUGCGACAUCUGAGCUGCCCAUCCAGCACGCUCAGAAACAGAAUCCGGUGUUAAAAAAAAAAAAAAAACGAAAAAAAUGAAAGAAGGUGAGAGAAUGAGAGACCAAGCAAACCCAAAGCUUGCGAAGCGUGGUGGCCAGGGACCUGGGGCCAGUGAACCUCGGGCUGCUGUGCACGCCCCGCAGCUGGCCCGCUCCACUGGCGCCCUCCGACCGCUACCCUAGAAGCCUGCGGUGAGGACCAAUCCAGAGGCACAUUCUCGCUUUGCUUUUUCCCAAGGAUUUUGCUGCAAAGAUGCCUCCGGAACCUGAACUGUACGCUGAGCGCCUGCCCUGAAUGUCCCGUGGGUAUUUCAAGUCAAAAGGACAAUGUUAUAUAUGCAUAACUUUUACUUUAAAGUUUUUUAAAAAACAAAACAUAUAUAUAUGCUGUUUAUUUACUUAUUUAAGUGACUGCUGUGAUGGGUUUCUCUGUAUCUUGGGAACUUGCUGUUUCUAAAGGCACAAGGUAGGGCCAGUGGGUUCUAUGUGAAGAGGCCAAACAAUAAAAUCCUGAUGAGCAACCUUUCUUAAUUAAGGAAGUUGCUCUAUGACUACUAAAAAUAAGUAUUCUCUUCACCAGACAGGAAAGGGCUUUUGUGCAAAGGAUCUCAGGAGAGUCUUCUCGACAUCUAAGAGCCUUCUCUUAUGUCUCCUGGUGUAUUUUUUAAAUAGUUCACGGUGGGUACAUAACCACCAUCUCCUCAAAUUGUAUGUGUGUGUAUGCAUGUAUGUACAUACAUGUGUGUAUGAUAUAUUUAAACCUAGAAAUAGGCAACAUGAGCAUCCCUUUAAGGCAACUCCCCAAUCCCCAAAACAGGUAACUAUGAGUUGUCUGACACUCGUAUGAAAAAUUAAUGACUUUUAGAAACAAUUUUGGGAAGCCAACUCUGGACUCAAUUGUGAGUCCUAUUCCAUAAAAAUGCAGGACUAUUCUGACCCAGGCUCUGAAGUUAGAAAGGCUUUCUACCUCCUUCUAGGCCUCCUCCCAUACAAAAGCAGUGGGCACCCAUGAUCAUGUUAGAGUGAAUAUAUAAUGCAUUUAGGAUUGAACUCAUAUUAAAAUAAGACAAAAGAAGAUAGGAGAGGUUGUUAAUAACUAGACUAGUAUCUUCUUGCUGCAGACAUGGGUUUUAAUCAAAUAGAUUACUUUUCUGCAAAAGGCAUGCUGAGAUUGGGGGACAGGAUAAAAUUAUGUCAUAUAUUGGGAUGAAGUAGAAGGCUGCAGAGAAAUAACUGGCAUUUUAAAGAUCUGAUUUCUAUUAAACAUAAAACAAGCUUUCCAAAGCCUCA